GAUUUGGCGGCGGAGGCUGCUGCCUGCUUGCUUCCCACCCUCCUCCCUCCCUCCCAGCGAGGAGCUGGUGUUUGUGUGGAAGGGGGAGGAGGCGGGCGCGGAGGAGGAGAGGGAGAAGGAAGGCAAGCGAGAGGAGCCUGAGCCCCGCCGGCGUCGGGCGGACGAGCGGAGCCGAGGCCCGUCGCUAGGCUCGGGGCCGCCGCCGCUGCGCCCGCCGCCAUGGCCUCGGGAGACACCUUGUACAUAGCCACGGACGGCUCGGAGAUGCCGGCCGAGAUCGUGGAGCUGCACGAGAUAGAGGUUGAGACCAUCCCGGUGGAGACCAUCGAGACCACCGUGGUGGGCGGCGAGGAGGAGGAGGAGGACGACGAUGACGACGAGUGCUGCGAGGACUGCGGCCCUCACCACCCGCCCCACCGCCGGCACCACCACCACCACCACCACCCGCCCAUGAUAGCCCUGCAGCCGCUCGUCACCGACGGCGACCCCAGCGGAGGCGGCGUGGGCGCCGGAGGCGGCCAGCUCCACCUGCACCACCACCCGCACCACCAGGAGGUGAUCCUAGUGCAGACCCGUGAGGAGGUGGUCGGCGGAGACGACUCGGACGGCUUGCGGGCAGACGACGGCUUCGAGGACCAGAUCCUCAUCCCCGUGCCGGCCCCGGCCGGAGAGGACGAGUACAUUGAGCAGACUCUGGUCACCGUCGCGGCCGCGGGGAGCAAAGGCGGCUCGGGAGGGGGAGGCUCCUCUUCGGGCGGCGGCCGGGUGAAGAAAGGCGGCGGCGGCGGCAGCGGGAAGAAGAGCAGCAAGAAGAGUUACCUGGCGGGGGGAGGCGGCGGCGGCGCGGCCGAAGGGGGCGGCGGCGGCAGGAAAUGGGAGCAGAAGCAGGUGCAGAUCAAGACCCUGGAGGGGGAGUUCUCGGUCACCAUGUGGGCCUCGGAUGACAAAAAAGACAUUGACCAUGAGACUGUGGUGGAAGAGCAGAUCAUUGGUGAGAACUCCCCUCCAGACUACUCUGAAUACAUGACAGGAAAGAAGCUACCACCUGGAGGAAUACCUGGCAUUGAUCUUUCCGAUCCUAAACAGUUGGCUGAAUUUGCAAGAAUGAAGCCAAGAAAAAUCAAAGAAGAUGAUGCUCCAAGAACGAUAGCCUGUCCUCAUAAAGGCUGCACAAAGAUGUUCAGGGACAACUCUGCCAUGAGGAAGCAUCUGCACACUCACGGGCCUCGAGUACACGUCUGUGCGGAAUGCGGCAAGGCCUUUGUGGAGAGCUCAAAACUAAAGCGGCACCAGCUAGUUCAUACUGGAGAGAAGCCCUUUCAGUGCACGUUCGAAGGUUGUGGCAAACGCUUUUCACUGGACUUCAAUUUGCGCACACAUGUGCGAAUUCAUACUGGAGACAGGCCCUAUGUGUGCCCUUUUGAUGGCUGUAAUAAGAAGUUCGCUCAGUCAACUAACCUGAAAUCUCACAUCUUAACACAUGCUAAGGCCAAAAACAACCAGUGAAACUCUGCAAGAAGAAAGCUCUUGGACUCAAAGCAUCUUACUUUACAGGAGAAUUGUUGAAAAUGAAUAAGCCUCCCCUUUGUAUAUUGUUUCUAGGAAAGAAUUUAAAAAAAAACAAAAAAAGAACUCUACACGCCUAAAGGACUUGUUUUUGAUAAAGUGGCAAAAUAAACUUUAAGGGUGCAUUGCUGCAAUGCUCGAUUUUGCUCUAUAAUUUUGGUUUCGAGAGUACGGUGUUUUUGUAAAGCGUGGCCCCACCUGGAGGAGGCAAGACAGUUCAUGGACUUGCAUCAAAGACAGUUCUUUCUACAACAGUGCUAAAAUUGGACUUUUCACAUUGUUAUAAAUAUGAAGCUCACCUGUUGCUUACAAUUUUUUAAUUUUGUAUUUUCCAAGUGUGCAUAUUGUACACUUUUUGGGGAUAUGCUUAGUAAUGCUAUGUGUGAUUUUUUUUCUGGAGGUUGAUAACUUUGCUUGCAGUAGAUUUUCUUUAAAAGAAUGGGCAGUUACAUGCAUACUUCAAAAGUAUUUUCCUGUAAAGAGAAAAAAAAGUUAUAUAGGUUUUGUUUGCUAUCUUAAUUUUUUUGGUUGUAUUCUUUGAUGUUAACACAUUUUGUAUAAUUGUAUCGUAUAGCUGUAAUGAAAUCAUGUAGUAACAAAUAUUAGAUGUGAUUUAAUAGUGUUAAUCAACUUAAAACCCAUUUUAGUCACUUUUUUGGGGGAAAAUACUGCCAGAUGCUGAUGUUCCGUGUACUUUCUCUUUGCCUGUUCAGUUAAGGAAAGUGGUGCUCAGUUGUAGAAUGUAUUGUACAGGCACUGACCUUUUAACAACACCUGAUAUGUACAUCCCGUGUAAUAGAGUGGGCAAAGAAAUAAAACAGUGGUCCUGAAGAAAGAAUAUGGCAGAAAACGAUCUGUAAGCACAGCCUAUUUUUCUUCUGUUGUCCAGGACAAAUUAUAGUUCUUUAACUUCCCAGAAAUUGGAUGCUAAAUAAAACUCUAUUUACCUUAACUACCCCCCUCCCCAGCAUUCAAUUAGAUUUUUAAUGUAAGUGGUGUAGCUUCAUCAUAGCACUAAACCCCCAACCUGAAUAACUCUUAAGCAGUUGUGGAGAUUUUGAUCUCUCUGGAUCAUAUGGAGCCUCCCAUUGGGCGCUGCAGCUUUGAGAGUGAAGUUUAGCAUUCGUUUUUUACAUUCAGCAAGUGGUGGAGCAGGACAACCUAUAGACCUCUGCUGCCUUGGUCUGAUAAGGUAAGGUGAUGAUAGUUGCACCCAUUAGUGGGGUGAGUCGGGCAUGUGAAUUGAAACACCAGAAUGCUGAAGUAACCUGUCCUUGGCUGGGGGAGCUGGUUCUUAUCCUUGGGAAUCUAUAGUAUAGUGCAGGUUGCAUAUUUUUGUUGAACAGAGCUGUGUUGUAUAGUUGCUGUCAUUUUUUCCUUCUUGGUGUCCAAUAGCUGCCCUAAGUACCAAAACAGUGACAAGCCAACUCGGAUCCUGAGCCAAGAAAAGGGUGGCUUCUGCAUCAGUGAUGUGAAUUUAAAUGAUACAACCUAUUUUGUUUUGACUGUAAUGCGUUACUGUUGUACAAUAAUUCUGCAUAACCUAAUCAAGGGACAAUGGCAAGAAGCUGUGCAGGGCACCCAAGCCCCACCCCUGAUCACUGGAAAUUUUAGUAGCUCCUGUAGAGUCCACCCCCCCCACUACAUGUUGGCUGAGGGCGUCAGGAGACUCUUCAGGACCUUGUAUGUGCAGGUGGGGGGGGGGCAGACCGAGCCAUCUGCUUAGCUCUACAUUGAAUUCCUCUAUUUUCAACCUUAAGGGCUAGGAACUGAGGGCUAGAAAUGAGUUUCUCGACAAGCUGAAAUCUGAACCCUGUACCGUGUGCUGCAACUUCUGUUUUACACUUCUGCAGAAUUGUAGCAGCUUCUAUAACCGCCUAAGAGAUUUUUUAAAAACAUUAAGCAGUUUAUAAAUGCUUUUAAAUAAACACAACCCUGGUUGUACAGAAACUUCACUGCUGCAAUGAAUCUGCAAUUAUUAACGAAGAUCUAGCUUUCAACAGGACAGAAAAUGGGUAUAUUUAUGCCAGUGUGCCCCCAGUGUCUGAUUUUAUAUUCGAACUGGGUGGGAAGUGGGAAUACAAUUUUCAUGUGUCAGCGACGCAACAAGAAUAGCAUAAACUAUUGUUUCCAAAAUGUAAAUCUCUUGGGCUUAAGUUCUAAGUUCUUAAUACAGGGAAUGGGGGACUAAGGUACAGUACCUGCUCAAGACUGAAGGUUUCCCAUCUUGAAGCAUCACUUCUGCAAUAGUUUCAUAAGUAAUGGGAUCUUGUGUUUCUGGAGAAACUUGCCCACCAAUUAAAUUCAUCUUGGGGCCAUCUCAAGCCAAGCCUUAGUUUUGUUUCUAUCUUGCAAUAAAGUGAUAUCACCUGUUUUCACUCUGAUUACACUAACGUAAGCCAGCAUUGGUAGGCAAGUGUUUCCGUUUAUGGGCUCAACCUAAAAAAAUCAUUUUCUUUUACACUUUGAUGUGUAGCACUUGCAAUUGUGUGUGCCUCCGUAGAACGAUAUUUGUGCCUAGCAUGACAUCAGGUUCUUUGUAAACACUUAAUGACAAAUUCAUGUACUACUUUCUGUACUGCAUAGCUAACUGUAUACGGUAACUACAUCUUAUGUGUGAAAAGUGGCUUCUAAACUUGCUAAAACUGAUUAAAUUUCAGCUUAUUUUUUAAAAGGGAAACAAGAGGAAGAUGAAGGCAUGGGGAGUAUUUGCAAGUGUUCCUUUUCCCCCCGUUGGGUGUGCUGGUGUUUUUGACGUCUUGAAGAAGAGUGCUCUUGUUGCAGAUCUCUCCUAGAACUUAAGAGCUGGAGAUGUUGAUAGCUGUCCAUGCAGAUGGGGAGCUGGUGAGAGUUUGGAGUCCCAACAAUCUGCACAGCCACAAGUUUAGCCACCCCUUUGUUAGAGAUGCAAGGGUGCUACUUCAUCAUGACACAUGCCCCUUGCAGGAUGCAUCUGAAGAAUACAUGCAGGUCCCACUUUGUGAACACAAUGCGUUCCCAGGAAAUUAUUUGUUAGGUGAGCGUUUGCAUAGAACGAACUGAUGAUUUCCAUUAUUUCCUGUGAACAAAUCACAGAAUAGAAAUGUUCACAAUCUCCCUCCCUGAAAUGGCUGCCGCCAUUUGUUUUUGCAAAACAAAAAUAAGAAAGUGGACAAACUGGUUGUUUGGACAUCCGAAUCAGCUGUCUGUGUAGCAAGGUUUGGGUAUAAUUCUUGGUGUUCAGCUAGCAGAUUUUGGAUACCUAGCAUCCUGAUAGCGGCACCUGCGUGUAUAUUUACAGUAAUUCCUAAAAGAGAAUUUAGCCUCUGAAUUCCAGCUUGGGCAAUGUCCACUUGCAUAAGUGGGACUUUCCUUCCUCCUCCCUCUCAUCCUCAGUGUGCCCUCAGAAUCUGCUCUUGUCCUUGGGACCUUCUAAGGCAGUGUUUCCCAUACUUUGAUCUCCAGUUGUUUUUGGACUACAAUUCCUACCAUCGCUGAUCACUGGUCCUAGCUAGGGAUGAUGGGAGUUGUAGUCCAAAGACAACUGGAGAACCAAGUUUGGGAGACGCUUCUAAGGCUUUAACUUCACCUUUAGAAAUACCAAGUAACUUUUGCUGCAUGUCUGAAUCCUCAUUUAAAAAAUACCCACGGUACUGCACAAGUGUAGCUGUAGACCAGGCAUCCCCAAACUGUGGCCCUCCAGAUGUUUUGGCCUACAACUCCCAUGAUCCCUAGCUAACAGGACCAGUGUACAGGGAAGAUGGGAAUUGUAGUCCAAAACAUCUGGAGGGCCGAAGUUUGGGGAUGCCUGCUGUAGACUCUGCUGAACCUGAAUAGGUAUUUCAGUGGUUUGUUUAUUCCCUGUGCUGGACUCUCAACUCCAGCCCCAGCUAAUAUACCAAAUUCUGAGAGAUUGGAAGGAGUUUUAGUCCUGCAACAUCUGGAGAACCUCAGGUUCCCCACCUUUGAUGUAGCGUAACCCUGAGGCUGCGUACCAGCACCCUUUGGAGUUCAGCGGCUUCGCUCUUUCCUUCCCAGGACGUUUACCUUAUUCUCUGGUCACUGUUCAUUUAUUAAAAAAAUACUACCAUCUCCAUAGGGUUAAUGUUGUUGUCAUUUAGUCGGGUCUGACUCUUUGUGACCCCAUGGACCAUAGCAUGCCAGGCACUCCUGUCUUCCACUGCCUACCGCAGUUUGGUCAGAUUCAUGUUCAUAGCUUCGAGAACACUGUCCAACCAUCUCGUCCUCUGCCGUCUCCUUCUCUUUCCCAACAUCAGGGUCUUUUCCAGGGAGUCUUCUCUUCUCAUGAGGUGGUCAAAGUAUUGGAGCCUCAGCUUCACGAUCUGUCCUUCCAGUGAGCACUCAGGGCUGAUUUCCUUCAGAAUGGAUAGGUUUGAUCUUCUUGCAGUCCAUGGGACGCUAAAGAGUCUCCUCCAGCCCAUAAUUCUCAAGCAUCAAUUCUUCGGCAAUCGGCCUUCUUUAUGGAACCUGAAUAUUUGUCAGCAAACUAAACAGCCCUUGGCUUACAGGACAAGUGGUCAGGGAUGGUGGGAGUUGUAGUCCCAAAACAUUUGGAGGGGCGAGUUUGCCUAUGCCUGUACUAGCACCUCGCUUUUGGUACCGUGUUUCCCCCUUUUUAAUACGUAGUCAUAAAGUAAGCCAGGGCAGCAAUUUUAAGCAUUUGCGAAAGAUAAGCCAUACCCCGAAAAUAAGACAUAGUGUAUCUCCAUGCCUGCAGCAGCGCGGGCGGAGAGCUGAGCCAGCGGCCGGGCCUCUGUUGCUUCUAGCCCAGUUUCUAGUUUCUAGCCCAGCAGCUUGGAGCACCCAGGAGCACCGGAGCCAGCGGCCCUGCCUCUGCCUGGCCGAGGAGGCCUGC